AUGCCGGCGCCCGCGCGCAGUCGCCCGCUCAAGAAGGACUUCUUCUCGCAAACCUUCAAAGGCCAAAAGCCCGUUCUCUUCAGCGAAAAUGCGCGACCCAGCAGCAUCCCUCCACACAUCCGCCAUCUCGCCUGGUCGUCGACCGGCGCCGCCCUAGCCACAACCUCUGGCUCCAAAAUCCGCAUCUGGAACCCCGAUCGUCCCAAUGUUAAGAGCAGUCAGGAAUUGGUGGGUCAUGUCGGAAGUGUAGAGAAGAUUGUCUGGAACCCUGUGCGCGAGGGCGAGGUUGCCACGACAGGAAGCGAUGGUACCGUCAAGCUCUGGGAUGUGCGCGUAGGCCCCGGUGCCCACAACAAGGCUGUGCCUGUGAAAGAGAUUGCUCUGGGAGACGGUGGGCUAUUUUUGGCUUGGAGUCCGACUGGUCAACACCUCGUAGCUGGACGUAGGGACGAUGUCAUUGUGCCCAUCGAUGUGCGCAUGGGAGCCAUGGCCAAUACCGAGGACCUGAUCAUGCAGGAGGGUCGCAAGCUGGGUAGUGCCCAGACGAAUCAGAUGGCCUUCUCCAACUCUGGCAACGAGUCUUGGACUGGCCAAGCAUGUCCUAACGGUGACUUUGUCGCCGUCGGCGGCGGCGACUCUCUCGUCACCCUAUGGGACACUACCGACUGGGUCUGCAAACACACUCUAUCAAACAUGACUGGCGGAGUUCACUGCCUGUCCUUCAGCUUCGACGGCACAUACAUUUGCGGCGCUCAUGGUAUGGACAAAGACGGCGACAAGGGCAUUCACGUCGCUUGCGCCCAGACUGGCGAGACUGUGCAUACCUUCGAGACCUCUCACAUCGUCAACGUUCUCGCAUGGCACCCACUCAGAUACUGGCUGGCAUAUGCUGGUGAUCUGGGUGGUGUCAGAGUCAUCGGUCUGGGAGGCAAUCUUUGA